CCCGCCGCCGGCGCGCAGCCCCCGGCCCGCCGGCCCCGGCGCCGCCGCGCGCCCCGCGCCCAGCCCAGGUCCAGAACAAACGCCUUCUCUGAAGAGCCUCCAGAACAGAGCGACGAGGACAUGGCCACCAAGGAGAAGCUGCAGUGUCUCAAGGACUUUCACAAGGACAUCCUGAAGCCGUCCCCGGGGAAGAGCCCCGGGACGCGGCCCGAGGACGAGGCGGAGGGCAAGCCCCCCCAGCGCGAGAAGUGGUCCAGCAAGAUCGACUUUGUACUGUCCGUGGCCGGCGGCUUCGUGGGUUUGGGCAACGUCUGGCGUUUUCCAUACCUCUGCUACAAAAAUGGCGGAGGCGCCUUUCUCAUACCGUAUUUCAUUUUCCUGUUUGGGGGCGGCCUGCCCGUGUUCUUCCUGGAGGUGGUCAUCGGCCAGUACACCUCCGAAGGGGGCAUCACCUGCUGGGAGAAGAUCUGUCCCCUGUUCGCUGGCAUCGGCUACGCGUCCAUCGUGAUCGUGUCCCUCCUGAACAUCUACUACAUCGUCAUCCUGGCCUGGGCCACCUACUACCUGUUCCAGUCCUUCCAGUCGGAGCUGCCCUGGGCCCAGUGCAACCACAGCUGGAACACGCCGCACUGCCUGGAGGACACGCUCCGGCGCAACAAGAGCCUGUGGAGCCACAACUACACCUCGCCCGUCAGCGAGUUCUGGGAACGCAACGUGCUCAGCCUGUCGUCCGGCAUCGACGAAGUGGGUUCCCUCAAGUGGGACCUGGCGCUCUGCCUGCUCUUCGUGUGGCUCAUCUGCUUCUUCUGCAUCUGGAAAGGCGUCAAGUCCACGGGCAAGGUCGUCUACUUCACGGCCACCUUCCCGUUCGCCAUGCUCCUGGUGCUGCUGGUGCGCGGCCUCACGCUGCCCGGCGCGGGCGCGGGCAUCAAGUUCUAUCUCUACCCCGACAUCUCCCGCCUGGAGGACCCGCAGGUCUGGAUUGAUGCUGGGACCCAAAUAUUCUUCUCCUAUGCCAUCUGUCUGGGGGCCAUGACCUCGCUGGGAAGCUACAACAAGUACAAGUACAACUCGUACAGGGACUGUAUGCUGCUGGGAUGCCUGAACAGUGGUACCAGUUUUGUGUCUGGCUUCGCAAUUUUUUCCAUCCUGGGCUUCAUGGCACAAGAGCAAGGGGUGGACAUUGCUGAUGUGGCUGAGUCAGGUCCUGGCCUGGCCUUCAUCGCCUACCCGAAAGCCGUGACCAUGAUGCCGCUGCCCACCUUCUGGUCCAUCCUCUUUUUUAUUAUGCUCCUCUUGCUUGGGCUGGAUAGCCAGUUUGUUGAAGUCGAAGGACAGAUCACGUCCUUGGUUGACCUUUACCCGUCCUUCCUAAGGAAGGGUUACCGUCGGGAAAUCUUUAUCGCCCUCAUCUGUAGCGUCAGCUACCUGCUGGGGCUGAUGAUGGUGACGGAGGGUGGCAUGUAUGUGUUUCAACUCUUUGACUACUAUGCAGCUAGCGGUGUAUGCCUUUUGUGGGUUGCAUUCUUUGAAUGUUUUGUUAUUGCCUGGAUCUAUGGCACUGAUAACUUCUAUGACGGUAUUGAAGACAUGAUCGGCUACCGGCCUGGGCCCUGGAUGAAGUACAGCUGGGCCGUGGUCACUCCGGUUCUCUGUGUUGGAUGUUUCAUCUUCUCUCUCGCCAAGUACGUGCCCCUGACCUACAACAAAGUGUACAAGUACCCGGAAUGGGCCAUCGGGCUGGGCUGGAGCCUGGCCCUGUCGUCCAUGCUGUGCAUCCCCCUGGUCAUGGUCGUCCGCCUGCUGCAGACGGAGGGGCCGUUCCUCGUGAGAGUCAAGUACCUGCUGACCCCACGGGAGCCCAACCGCUGGGCAGUGGAGCAGGAGGGGGCCACGCCCUACGUCGGCUCCCACAAGUCCCUGGCCAUGAACGGCACCCUCAUGAAGCCCACCCACAUCAUCGUGGAGACCAUGAUGUGACCCCCUCCCCCCCCGCCCCGGGGCUGCUUCUCUGCUGUUUACUAACAUUAGAUUCCCCUAGGACCAGGUUUACAGAGCUUUAUAUUUGCACUAGGAUUUUUUUUUUUUUAAUUGUCACAGAAAAUGUUACUGUGUGUAUGUGUGUGGUACCGUGAGUAUGUGUUAUUUUGUUUCCAUUUGGGCAGGGGGAAUAUUUUGUACAAAAACAAAAUGAAACAAACAAACAAAUGAAAAAAAAAGAAAAAAAAAAAGAAACUCCACCCCCCUCCUCCCCCACACACGCAGACGGGGCGUCUGUUCCCGGGGGUGCGAGGCGGAGAUUUGUACUGAAUUAGAUGUAUUUUAUGGGAACUCGGUCAAAUUUCCUUUGUAUUUUUUUUACCAUAGGACUCUGUAGACACGUGGCGGUCGUCACUUUGACCACUUGAAUCAAUCUCGCCAGCAAUAGAUCUCAUUUUCAAAAGCAAUUCUUCGGUGCUUGUACAGCUGGCAGAGAGUUCUGCCCCCCCCCACCCCCACCCCCGGGCCCCCACCAGCCCCCCGACAAAAAAAAAAUAAAAUAAAAAUAGCACAGGGUAGAAAUUUCCGGGGACAGCAGGCCCGGCUAAGGGUGCGGCUCUUCCCAAACCUGGGUCAGGAGAAGCUCAGUCAGUGCAAAGGGCCCUGUCCGCCCCCUCGGGGCUGGAGACAGUGGGGGCGCGAGGGAGGGAGGGGGCCCUCCUGACCCUUGUCCUAGCCCAGGACAUGCCAAAGUGGACGGGUGAGCCGAGAAGCUGGCUUUGAAGUGUGUGCAGAAAAAAAAAAAAACCCUUGGGGACGAGGGGUGCUCGAGGGGAUGUCUGAGAGGGCAGGGGUCAUCCCAGGACCCCCCUCCCCGCCCCCGAUACACACCCCGAGGGAUGAUACGGGGCAUGGGCUUCUGGCCUUGUCCUUCCCGAGGUCCCCUAUGGGGGAACACGGGCCCCCUAGGACCCCGCCUGGCAGGUCUGUCCCCCCAUCAGCAGAGAGGGUGAGCAGUGGCCCCGGGGGCUGGGGGGGCGCCAGGGGCCCCUUCUCUCCUCUCCUCUCCCCUCCCCCUCCGACUCCCAGAGGCCAGGAAGUUUCGGGCCAGCGCUGGUUGACGCGCUCCCCUGUCCCCGGCCCAGGGUCGCCCAGACUCCGGGCCAGCGAGGUCAGGAGCCUCCUUGGGGGCUGGUCGCAUCUGCGAUGUGGGGGGAGGCCACCUCGCAGGCCCCCCCAGCCGUGUGCAUGAGAUGCCCUUUGCCCUUUGCCCUCUCGCCUGUGUCAAACAGCGGGGACUUGGUGGUACUGGCACCCUGGGUCCGGCUUGGCCGAACCAGAGCAGCAGCCCCUGACCCCAGCAGCCCGGGUCCGAGGAUCCGGUCUCCGCUGCCAACCAACCGUCCCUCCCAAGCUCGGUCGCCACGAAAACAAGACCCAGAAGCCCAGAAGGCGCUCAGGGCCCCUCGCGAGGGGGCUCAGCACGGGAAGUCCAGCCACGGGGCUCAGGCCCGGGGCUCCCGGAAUCCUGGGCGCUCACCCCCAAAUCCGGGACAGGGAGGAGGCCUCGGUGCCCCCUUGUCUUUGGCAAACACUCACGUGUCACUUUCCCAGAGCGUGUCCUCUGCCAAACCCCCCCCCCCGCCCCACCCCUGUCCCGGCCACCGAGUGUCUAUGGUGGCCGCUGACUGGACCGAGCGUCCUCCUCCCGCACUUCCCACGUAGCCAUGUGACCUGUUUCCCUUUGUCUGAUGGGACUUUAGUCGACUAACCGCUGUCAGCGACGGGGGAGACAGGACGCGAGAGCGAGGGCGUGCGGCGGGCGGUCGGGCGGGCGGGCGGGCGGGCGGCGGGGACCUGGGCCCGUCCCCUGGGCCGGCUGGCCGCGGGCUCUGCCCACCCCCCCACCCCCGGGGCGGGAGCUGCAGGAUUUGGCAUUGGCAGCACCCGGCUUCAUUCUGGACACGGCCCCAGAGGCCCCCCAAAUUCUAGACCAAAGAUUCAAGCCAAGCCCACCCCCAGGCCCGGCGUGGAAGGUCUCGCCCCCAACAUGCGCCGGGGACACCUGUGUCCGGUGGUCACAGCCGCCCACCCUUCCCCGGGCACACCCUCGCUCUCGUGUUCCCACUAGAACGUGGCCCCCUGGCAUCAGCCUGUAAGGACGCGUGGCUUCUCUGACUCCGGAGGAAGGAGCCGUGUGACUGGUGCUCCUGGGCCCCGCCCAGGCUGGGUGCGGGGGCGCAGAGAUCCUGACGCCUACCCGUACCCAGGAGGGGGGGCGUCUGUCGAGUGCAGCGAGAGGAGCAGGCUUGCCCCGCCGGGCCCUGUCUCCCACUCCCCUCUCGCAGGCGCGGGGCCCAUCCAUAACCACUUUCAGCCACUGGGGAAACUGAGGCCUGAUGCAGGGAGGAGGCUCGGGCGCCGCGGCUGGCGUCUUGCCAAGCGUGCAGAGCGCUGCUGUGUCCCCCUGCAUUUGGGGGGAGGCCAGACCGUGAUGGUGCAGUAGCCCCGGGCGGGCCCCUAGCGCAGACCCCCCGCACUCCCAGAGAAGGAAAAGCACAAAGGGGGUCCCGAGCUCCCCUCAGCCAGGGCCCCCGCUGUGAGGCCUCUCGGGGAGCCUGCGGGGGUGGUGGGCGGCCCGCUGCCUCUCGUCUUUCUUACUCCAAAGCUGGGGGUCCUCGCACGGGCUCGGGGGUGUCUGCCAGGCCCCCGCGGGAGGGAGCGUCUGGUGAGAGUUGGAGAGUUUGGGCCCCGUUGGAUUUUUGUAUUCAACCUAAUUAACUUUCAACUCCCAAGCAACUGUGACUGUCGUUAGCACAAAGGGACAGUGAGAACGUGGGUCUUGCCUCCUCCCAGAAAUGUCUGGCUCAUCAGGACAUUUUUUUAAAACCUUCAAAAUAUUUUUAAGCUGUUUUAAAACUUUUGUAUAAAAAAAUGAAAAAAAAAUGGGAAAACCGAUCCACCCACAGGACACUGGUCUGAGGAGGAACAUUCUGUACCCGCGGGAGACCCUCGAAUUCAGUCGUGUGCACCCAUGCUUGUGUAUCAAUGUUUGAUGAGAUGAACCCCUGUAUUUUCAGGGUCUUUUCCUUCCCUCCUUUGCUUUUUAGAUAAAUAUGUAUAUCGAUAUUUUAAAUUCAUCUUUGCUUUUUUUUUUUAGAGGAGUUUGUAAUCACCUUAUAACAUGAAAAUAAACAUUUCCUUUUUAAAAUCCA